AUGGCUGCCGCCGCCGCUCCCCAACAGUGGGUCGCACCAACAGGAAAGAACGCAUAUCCCGAGAAUCAGGAGAUUCUCGGGUGCGGCCCAGACGACGGGGACGUGGAUCUCGCGUACAGGAUUCUGGGUCUACACAGCAGAGACGACGCCAUACCGGCAGUCCGACCGCCGGCUCACGAGUUUGUGCACUGGUGCAAUCGUUUGAUUGCCAAAAUCUGUGAAGAGAGUAUCGAUUUCCUGCCCGGGUCCGUCGGCCACCGGCGCUUCCUCGAGGCCAGUAGACGGGUCCGGUCGGCCAUCCGAACGAUUUCCGGGAUCCGACGGCCCGGGCACGAAGAUUGGCAGAUAUUCGAGAAUACGUGGAUCAGUCACUGGAAUCCCAAUGGCACUUGCGACGAUGCGCCGGUUGACUUGACGAUUGCCAACUGGGAUCAGAAUGUGCCUACUCCUGCGACCAAGACUAUUUUCGACGCGACGUAUGGGCCUGAUCGACAGAAGGAAAGGAAUGACCGGGCGCGGGAUUAUCGGAAGAUGGGGAAGACGUGGAUGGCGACGAUGAAUAUGGUGAUGGAUGCGCGAGAAAGGGAGGCGGAGGAGUGGCAGGAUCUUGUUGCGUGUUAUGGGUUUCAGGCCAGGAUGGAUUUUCAGUUCAAGGGAAACGAUUCUGACUUUUUCGAGGUUGAGACUGAUGACGAAAACGACGAGGGAGAGAACGAUGAGGAGGAGGAAGAGAGUGGAGAGCAAGAAGAUGACGCCGAGCAGGAAGAGAACAACGAUACGCAGGAAAAGGUCAGAAGUCCAAAGGGGAAGGGCAAAGAUCCGAAGUUAUACGACAUCAAUCCACGGCAAAAGAAAGACAAUGAGGAGGAGCUCCUUCGCUACACCUUCUUCGCGAGCCCGGUACCGAAGGGCGAGGAUAGUCUUUGGUAUUCUCUCUCCGUCCUUGUCCACAACCGAUGUGAUCUCGCAAAGACUAUCAAGGGCAGACUGGCAAACUGGUUUCAUUCCCAGCUAUCGGAUCCUGCUUCACCCCGAUUCCGGAUGUACUGUCAACUCCUCGUGGACUCAGCUACGAAAAUGCCCAAGAGAGACGAAAUCAAGGACUGGGGCCCUCUGGAUCUCAUACGUUGCCUCAAUAGGAACGAGCGGGACGCUGGCCUACCCAAAGAGGCUGCGUACCACGAGAUGCUCUACCUCAUCGCGGACUACUUCGGGACGCCAAUAGAGGCGGCCGAUGACGAGACGAGACAGAUUCAGAGCGAAAUGGCCAGCCAGGUCCUUCGGGUACUCAGCCCAAUGAUGAAGCGAUCGCACGGGAGAGAAUAUCCAGUCAAGAUCCAGACCCAUCAGAACCUUAUGCAAACCGUUGGCUGGAGGAAGGAAGACAAGUCUUUAAGAUGA